UGCAGGCGCUCCCUUGACAUUGAGCGUCCCACCUACACCAAUCUCAACAGGCUCGUCUCUCAGGUGAUUUCAUCGCUGACUGCUUCUCUUCGUUUCGAUGGAGCUCUGAAUGUGGAUGUGAACGAGUUCCAGACCAAUUUGGUCCCAUACCCAAGAAUUCAUUUCAUGCUUUCUUCAUAUGCCCCUGUUAUCUCUGCAGAAAAGGCCUACCACGAGCAACUCUCGGUUGCAGAGAUCACCAACAGUGCAUUCGAACCGUCUUCUAUGAUGGUGAAAUGCGAUCCUCGCCAUGGGAAGUACAUGGCUUGCUGUUUGAUGUACAGAGGUGAUGUGGUGCCCAAGGAUGUCAACGCUGCUGUGGCCACAAUCAAGACCAAGAGGACCAUCCAGUUUGUGGACUGGUGCCCAACCGGGUUCAAAUGUGGUAUCAACUACCAGCCACCCACUGUGGUUCCUGGUGGUGAUCUUGCUAAGGUUCAGAGAGCAGUUUCGAUCCAACCGGGAUGA